ACAUUCGACUUCAGAAUUUAACUAGGGAUAUUUUAUUAUAUAUAUUUUGUUUUGGUAUCUUAUUUUAGUUUAUUUUAUUUUGUCGUUUUACACUAGCUACUGAAAUGUAUUUUGUAUAAUAUGUAGUUCCGCCAUUCACAUUGGAUGACUCGUUGUCAUCGCGUGCUUCACACACUUGUCGUAUCUGCCAGGCGCUGAUGAGAGUGGCUGGGAACUUUAACAAUCACUUUUCUUUUACAAGAAGAUCAAUUUAUCGUCGAUGAGAUUUAACCGGAUUAAUGCCAGGGUGGUUUGACAGUAAUUAUCGUCAGCUCACUACUUUAGAUGGUUGUUUUAACUUCUUAUUGAGAUGUUUAUGAUGCGGCGUCAGAUAGUUUUGUAGGGGUCGGGGGCGAGGUUAGUUUCAGCGCCAACAUAAACAUCUGAAAAUGUUGACAAGACUCAACAACAACUGCUGAGGAGUCACAGCCAGAUAUUGUUUAUUGGGCUCCAGGUAUCUUUAAUAUUGUAAUAUUUUCUAGAAGCAUGCGACUUUACCUGUAACGUUAGCGGUCUUUAUCAAAUGCAGUGUAGUUAGGCAGCUCACUAGGUUUUGAAACACAGCCGCUCUCUUUAUUUAUACUCGAUACAUCUCUACCUAUAAGUCUGUACAUUCUUUUGAAAACAGGCGUCUCCUUUUUACUGUAAACGAUGCAUAAUCUGUAUGUCUGCCUCUUUCGAGGAAUGAAAGAUUCUGCACUACUUAUCGUCUGAGAUGAACUGACCUAAUGUAAAAAAAAAAAAAAAAUGGCAGGAAUAGCUUGGUAUCAGAAAAAGAUCGGAGCCUAUGAUCAGCAGAUUUGGGAAAAGUCACUGGAACAGACUGAGCUCAAGGGCUUUGGAAGCAAACCUAAGAAGACUGGCCAUAUCAAGGCAGAUCUCAUUGAUGUUGAUCUAGUGAGAGGAUCUACCUUUAGCAAGACCAAACCGGAGAGCCCUUGGACCGCUCUGACUCGUAAAGGCUUGGUCAGGGUCCUCUUCUUUCCUUUCUUCUUUCACUGGUGGAUCCAAGUUACAUCUAAAGGCAUUUCCACCCUCAUCUUAGUUCUGUACCUUCUUCAAGUGGCAGGAGCUGUGUUGUAUUUCGAGGUACCUGCAGCCUGUGCCAGUGAGGUUGUGGGUCCAUUGUGUCUCAUGCUGUUGUUGGGUACAGUACACUGCCAAAUAGUAUCCACAGAGUCCUCCAGAAGCCCGGACAACAGCCCUGUCCCCAGUCGGACAGCCAGCCCUGUUCGCAGGAAAAGACCGAGGAAGAGUAGAAAAUCCAAGCGGUCUGAGGAUGAGAGCAGCAGAGGGGGAGCAGAACUCAAACUUGAAGACAACCACCGGCUCUACAGAUCAGAGAAGAGACUGAACUCCCUGAGGAGGCCUCCGUAUGGAGCUUCUGAAGAUCUCUCCAGUGAGGAAGAAGCAGAUGAAGCAGAGCUGCAAAGAGAGAGACUCUUCUCAUCCGCACCUCCCAAAUACGCCCGGGCACUCAGGAAUAGACUUCACAGCAUCCCCAAGAGCAAUCUUCCACCCCAGACUCAUGGAGAGAAUAAUGGCAAGCCAACAGAUGCCCUGGUGCUUCCACGUGAAGUCAAGCUUCUGCGGCCCUCAUCGGGCUCACGUCCAGCCUCCGACACAGAUGAUAUGUUAUGGGAGGAGCUUCUACAUGAUCCUGACUCCGCCUCCACAGGAAGCAGUGAAAGUGGAGAGGAGCCUCACAGUCCUAACCACUCCAUCCCUCUGCCCAACAUCACUCUGACUAGUGAUGAAGAUGAAGCUUUACCGCAGCACCAGUUUUCGUGGCUGCAGGCUUGUCACCCCUCCAGAGACCGUGUCAGUGCCAUUAUCUGGGAGCAAGGAGACUGUAAGAAAGCUGACAUGUCUGUGCUGGAGAUCAGUGGUAUCAUUCUCACACGAGUGAAGGUGGUUGAACAAGGGAUGGGUUAUCUGCUCUUCGGCAGUCUGGUCACCACCUCACUGGCUCUGCUGCCCUACUGCUUCAGACUGGCAAAGAAACUGGAUGUUGCCAAACUUAAUUCUGUUUCCCUUGAGGAACUGCCCGCUGUGGUCAUGGGGCCGCCUUGUGGCUUGUCCUAUGCGUUCUUCAUCAUCACCACAGUAGAAAGACUUUUCCUCUCUGCACUUUUCUUCUUCAUGAUGUGUGUGGCUGAGAGGACGUAUAAACAGCGCCUUUUAUUUGCGAAACUCUUCAGCCAUAUCACGUCCGCACGCAAAGCCAAAAAAUCGGAGAUUCCCCACUUUCGGCUGAAGAAAGUGCAAAAUAUCAAGAUGUGGCUUUCACUUCGAUCAUUCCUGAAGAGACGAGGUCCUCAGCGAUCAGUUGAUGUCAUUGUAUCAUCGAUUUUCCUCCUGGCUUUGUCUAUUUCCUUCAUCAUCUGUGCCCAGCUUUUGCACAGUCAUCACACAUUUCUGGACUCAGAGACCAACUGGGAGCUGAUGGUCUGGUGUGCUGCUCUAAUGGUUUUCCUCCUACGCCUCGCUACCCUUGGAGCUGAGACCAACCGAAAGUACAGCAAUGCUUCUGUGCUUCUGACUGAACAGAUAAACUUAUAUCUUAAGAUGGAGAAGAAACCCAACAAAAAGGAUCAGCUGAACAUAGUAAACAAUGUGCUGAGGCUGGCCACAAAAUUACUGAAAGAAUUGGAUACUCCAUUUCGUCUGCUGGGUCUGACGGUGAACCCUCUGAUCUACAAUAUCACGAGAGUGGUCAUCCUGUCAGCCAUCUCAGCUGCCGUCAGCGAUUUACUAGGGUUCAACAUCCGGCUCUGGAAGAUCAAACCUUGAUGUGAUGUCUUAACACUGAGGACAGAGAGACUUGUGCACAACCUAACAGAUGACCAAGUUUCUCUAUCUUUUAAAAGCUGUGCAAAUCUACUGACCAAACUUAUACAUGACUUUUCUUCCAUACCCUGUGCCUUCGGCCAGUCCAAGCAAACCUGUGUUCAGCUCAGCUUUUUUUGUUGACCUCGUAUUUGAAAUGUAGAACCAUAAAGCUCACUCAGACUCCAGUGGGUUUUCUUUAUGCACUUGCUUAUUGUAACUACUUAACAGCUUGCCGUUAUAUUCCAACCAGUGACCGCUGUUUCCCAUAAAUGUAUCCUUGGGAAAUAAUUAUCUGGUCGGGAAGCAACCACUUAAAACAGAACUACUGUGUGCCUUGUGAAAUGCAUAUAACAGUACUUUUAAAUAAGCUAUUUAUGAGACAUGGAUUUGUCAACUGCUGAAUGGGUAAUGAAAUGAAAGUUUUGAGAUUUUAGAAAAGGGUACUGAAAAACAUGCACACUGAAACUCUUGGAGGGAGCACCUUUUACUGGCAUUGUAUUAAAAUAAAAUAAAAUAAAAAAACUUUCUCUAAGAAACUUCCUCAUUCAAUCAUUAACAAAAUAUUUGAGUUUGGGGUGGGGGAAGUUUUCACAGAUAAAAUUUUAACAGCAUUGACGUAUUGUGAAUGUACCAUAACUGACGACUCAAAAAUCUUAUUUUUAGUU